GCCGGGCCGGGGCCCGCGGCGGUAACAGCGUCCGAGCGCCAGCUCUGGAGUUGGGAGCGGGUCUGAGGACUCAGCCCCUGGGCGAAGCGUCCAUUGCCCAAGCUCGGCCUUCGCCCUCUGCUUACCUUCUCCAGCAUCUCACAUACAAGGCCCAAUCCCUAGAAAUCCAGGAUGGCGACUCUGAUCUUUGUUGACAAGGAGAAUGGACAGCCAGGCACCCGUAUGGCUCCUAAGGAGGGGCUGAAGCUGGGGUCCAGGCCUGUCAAAGCCUUAGAAGGGAGAACGCAGGUUUCAACACCACGCAUUGGGAAGGUCUUCAAUGCUCCAUCGGCCUUACCUAAAACUGCCCGGAAAGCCUUGGGAACGGUUAACCGGGCCACAGAGAAGCCAGGGAAGACUAACGGACCCCUCAAACAAAAGCAGCUGAGCUUCUCUGGCAAAAAGAUUACUGAGAAGACUGUGAAAGCAUCAAGCUCUGUUCCUGCCUCUGAUGACACCUACCCAGAAAUAGAAAAAUUCAUCCCCUUCAACCCUCUAGAUUUUGAGAGUUUCGACCUGCCUGAAGAACACCAGAUUGCACGCCUCCCCCUGAGUGGGGUGCCGCUCAUGGUCCUGGACGAGGAGCAGGGACUUGAGACGCUGUUGGAGUUGGGUCCCCCUUCACCGAUGAAGAUGCCACCUCCGACAUGGGAAUCUGACGGGCUGCAAUCUCCCUCCAGCAUUCUCUCCUGCCUGGAUGUCCAGCUGCCUCCUGUGUGCUAUGACCUGGAUAUUUAACGUUCUUACUGCAUUAUGGUUUGCGUGUGCGUGUUAAUAAAGUUUUUUUGUUUAGAAGC